ACAUAUGAUGGAGUUGCUUUUGUAAGAACAGCCUGAAGUAUGACCCUGUAAACAAGCCUUGUUAAAUCUCACUCAUUAGUUUUCAUAAGUCUGUUCCCAAAGUGUUUACAGAACCCUCAUUAACUACAAGCUUCCUCAAGAUAACUAGGCUCAAACUACGACAUCGGUGUCAAAGAUAAGAAUAGCUAUGCUACUAUUUUGGUUUAGAAAAGAGUGUGGGGCAUGGGAGUGAACCCUGAGGAACCCCGAUUUCAAAGGAACGUCCACAAACGCAAGUCAGAUGUCAAACUUGCAGCGGAAAGUCACCUAUUCGUUUUAGAAAUUUGACGAAGAUGCAGGGUUUGCGGUAUUUGUUCCUCCUGAUGUCCAUGAAUUUUGCUACUUCAGUUGGGCUUUGCGAGGGAAAAUCUUUAGGCGAAAUCACCAGUUUGGAAGAUGCAAUGUUCAUUAUGACAGAAGAGCGAAGCCUUGAGGAAGAGCAUGAGUUUAAUUCUAAAUUGGAGAACUAUUUGGGCUUCAUGAAGGAAGAUUUUUUGAGGAAGCUGAAUUUAUCAGGCGUGCCGCAAGAACACCGAAAGGUUCAGCCUCCUCAGUUCAUGAUCGAGCUCUAUAAUAAAUAUGCUUUUGACAAGACUUCCAUCCCUCGGUCGGAUGUCAUCCGAAGCUUCGUCAUACAGGAUGUUCUUUAUUCCAUUAGACAGGGAAACAAAACAAAACACAGACUGCUAUUCAACGUUUCCAUCCCAAACCAUGAAGAGAUCACAUCAGUCCAGCUUAGGCUGUUCACUCUCUGGGAAAGAAGUGCAACCACCUGCGCUGACCUCUUCUCGUCCAUCAAUGUUUAUGAUGUAGAGUACGAGCAGAGCGCAAACAUUUUAAAUCUUCUGGAUGGGAGAGACGUGACCGAGGGCAGAAGCACAUGGGAGGUUUUUGACGUGACCAGGGCUGUCAGGAGCUGGCAGGAAUCUGGACGCGGGGCCGGCGAACUCGAGGUGGAGAUCGAACAAGACUGUGAAUCCCUGGACGUAAGCCUGGCUUUAGAGCACAACAGCUCGGCAGUCUUAAUAGUUUUUUCAGAUGAUCUCAGGAACAGAAAGGGAGAGGUAAAGGAGAUGCUUCUUCAUGAGAAGGAGCGGGUAUUUUUGGACGAUCUCGUUCCUGUGAACCAGCAUCUCAGGAGAAAGAGGAAAGCCACAAACAAUUACUGUCGGAGAACUUCUCUGAAGGUGAACUUCAAAGACAUUGGAUGGGACAAAUGGAUCGUGGCCCCGCCUGAGUACGAUGCUUAUGAGUGCAAAGGCGUGUGUUAUUUCCCCCUCACAGAUGAUGUGACCCCCUCCAAACAUGCAAUCAUCCAAACUCUGGUUAACCUGAGCAAUCCCAAAAAAGCAAAUAUGGCAUGUUGCGUCCCAACCAAGCUGGAUCCAAUUGCAGUUAUGUAUCAAGAAAAGAGUGUCAUUACGGUCCGACACCUCUAUGAGGAGAUGAAAGUAGCAAAGUGUGGAUGUAGGUAGUUUUGCCUGCUUAUCCAUGCAUCAUUCUGGGAAGGUUACUUUGGAAAUGUAAUAGUUUACAGAUUGCAAGGUACCCUAUUUAAAAUGGAAUAAAUAGUGUAACUUUUUCAGGUACUUUAUUAAAGUAAUGUAACUCAUUA